CAGUUGGAGCCGCGAGAGGGUUCGGAGAUGCGACGCGGCGCGGAGGGGAGCGAACGAGAGCCUCGGGUGUCCUUCCCCUCCCUCGCCUCGCCACCUUCUCCUCCCCGCGGCCGGGCCGGAACUAUGUGAUCCCGGAAGUUCCGGUGCCAUUGCUGUGUGGGAUAAACAGUAAUGGCGGAGGCUGCAGCUCCCGGAACAACAGCCACAACAGCAGGAGCGGCAGCGGCGGCGGUGGCAGCGGCCUCCCCCACCCCUAUCCCCACAGUCACCUCCCCGUCCCCGGUGGCGGGCGGAGGGGGAGCCGGCAGCGACGGCGGCGGCGGCGGCGGCUGGACUAAGCAGGUCACCUGCCGGUAUUUCAUGCAUGGGGUUUGUAAGGAAGGAGAGAACUGUCGCUACUCGCACGACCUCUCUGACAGUCCAUAUGGUGUAGUGUGCAAGUAUUUCCAGCGAGGGUAUUGUAUUUACGGAGACCGCUGCAGAUACGAACACAGUAAGCCAUUGAAACAGGAAGAAGCUACUGCUACAGAUCUAACUGCAAAAUCAUCCCUUGCUGCUUCUUCAAGUCUCUCAUCAGUAAUUGGACCAACUGUUGAAAUGAAUACGGGAGAAGCUGAGUCAAGAAAUUCAAACUUUGCAACUGUAGGAGCAGGUUCAGAAGAUUGGGUGAAUGCCAUUGAGUUUGUUCCUGGGCAACCCUACUGUGGCCGUACUGCCCCUUCCUGCACUGAAGCACCCCUGCAGGGGUCAGUGAUUAAGGAGGAGUCCGAGAAGGAGCAAACUGCAGUGGAAACAAAGCAGCAGCUCUGCCCCUACGCUGCAGUGGGAGAGUGCCGCUACGGGGAGAACUGUGUGUACCUCCACGGAGACUCGUGUGACAUGUGCGGGCUGCAGGUCCUCCACCCGACGGAUGCCGCCCAGAGGUCACAACAUAUAAAAUCUUGCAUCGAGGCCCACGAGAAGGACAUGGAGCUGUCCUUCGCCGUCCAGCGCAGCAAGGACAUGGUGUGUGGGAUCUGCAUGGAGGUGGUCUAUGAGAAAGCCAGCCCCAGCGAGCGCCGCUUCGGGAUUCUCUCCAACUGCAACCACACCUACUGUCUCAAGUGUAUUCGCAAGUGGAGGAGUGCUAAGCAAUUUGAGAGCAAGAUCAUAAAGUCCUGCCCAGAAUGCCGGAUCACAUCUAACUUUGUCAUUCCAAGUGAGUACUGGGUGGAGGAGAAAGAAGAGAAGCAGAAACUCAUUCAGAAAUACAAGGAGGCAAUGAGCAACAAGGCGUGCAGGUAUUUUGAUGAAGGACGUGGGAGCUGCCCAUUUGGAGGGAACUGUUUUUACAAGCAUGCGUACCCUGAUGGCCGUAGAGAGGAGCCACAGAGACAGAAAGUGGGAACAUCAAGCAGAUACCGGGCCCAACGAAGGAACCACUUCUGGGAGCUCAUUGAGGAAAGAGAGAACAGCAACCCCUUUGAGAACGAUGAAGAAGAGGUGGUCACCUUUGAGCUGGGCGAGAUGUUGCUUAUGCUUUUGGCCGCAGGUGGGGACGACGACCUGACAGACUCUGAAGACGAGUGGGACUUGUUUCAUGAUGAGCUGGAAGAUUUUUAUGACUUGGAUCUAUAGCAACUUUGCGUGGCGUGUGAACUGGUCUGCUGAGCCCCAGACAGUGGCCGUCCCCUGUGGUGGUGUGGCAGCGCCCGUGUCUCUCUCCUAGGCAGGCCUACCAACUCCAGGUGCUGUCGUAAUAAUAUGUUCCCAGGGCCUGUCUUCUCAACCCCUUGCCUUUACCCCAGGAGUGUGGUGUUCUCCCUGUUUAAAAAAGUUACAAAAAUAAAUCUUAAAGUUAGUUUUUUUGUAACCUGAAUUUAACUGUCAGACAGUUAGUGUAGGUUUGUUGCGUCGCCUGUUUUCGACCAGACUCACACAGUCCCAGGGUGAUGUUUAUGGACUUCCCACACCCGUUUUGAGGACUCCAGAUUCAAAAGUAACAGCAUUGGCCCUGCUUUGGGGUCCAAGAGUGGGGGUGAUGGUGAAGAAUCUGAGCUAUGGCAAGUAGCCUGCUCCAGACUUAAGAGGUGGAGACUUGAGGUUUCUGGUGGAACCCGCACAUCUGUGUUUUUACAUCUUUCCCCUCCCUGUGCUCCCCACCCUGUGCACUCGUUCAGUGGUUUUGGUCUCUUGUUUAAUUGCACACACAUAAUACUACUGGGUACCAGAACCAGGUGUGAAUGUGUUGAGAUUUUUACUGUGUUUAGCAUGAUAGGAAGAUUACAAAAGAACACAUAUGGAAGAAAACAGUGGCAUAAAAUAAGUGCAGAGUUGGCAGUUGACUCCCAAGGGCUGAUAGAUGGUGUGAGUGUGUGUGUGCAUGUGUGAUAAGCUUCUCAUCCCUGCAUAGACGCAGUGCUCUUAGCCUUAGUGGAAAACUCGGUUUAGUGGUUUCAACCUAGUGUGGCAAAUAGAUCUUAAAGGGCAAAGCAGUAUAUUGGUAACUGUUAGUAGAGCAGUGCUAACUCUGUCUACAUAGAGAAGUGGACUUAGCCGUAGCUAUCGGCUAUCCCAUUAUGUCACCACAGGCUGGGGCUCGACUACACAGUUGUACUUACUGCUUUAUGAUCUCCCAGCCUUUCCGGUCCGGCACUUUUUGACAAAGUUUUGUCCUCAUUUGGAGUUUUGUUGUCAAGUUUUUAUGGGUAUUUGCCUUGUUCAUCCCUGAGCUUUGCAGGUAGACAGACUUGAUUCAAAACUGUGUCCUAAGGUGUUUCUUGAAGUGGAGUAACUGUUUGCAGUAACAAGUCACGCUUUUCCACUAAAGGGGGAGGAGGUGGACAUCCACAAGACACGCUGAAGUUAAGUUGUUAGAAGAGUUUCUUGAUUGGAAAUUUUAGCUUCGCAUUUUGUUGCUCUAUUUCCUACAAAUACCUUGGAGAUACUCCUGGUUCGUCCAUCUCCUGCAUUGAUUCCUUGGAUCCCACCCAUUCUUUCACUUUAAGAAAAAAGUAAUCAUUGCAGAGGUCUCUGUAUUUUGCAGCUGCCCUUUUGUAAGAAGCACUUUUCCCAAAUAAACAAUAAAAAAAACCUUAA